AUUUCCUCCUUUUAUUUUUUGUUGUGGAGUUGCCUAAUAAACAGAAGGAGAAGAGUUUUCCAGUCUGCGAAAGAAACAGCGGUGGGAGAAAAUGGUGCAAAGAUUAAUUUACCGCUCCAGGCAUAGUUAUGCCACCAAGUCCAACCAGAACAGGGUUGUCAAACUCCCUGGUGGAAAGAACAUUCUCCAGAGGACCAAGAAGAAGGCUAAAGGACCUGUGUGCCCUGUUACUGGAAAGAGGAUUCAAGGGAUUCCUCAUCUAAGACCUGCUGAAUACAAGAGGUCUAGAUUAUCUAGAAACAGGAGAACUGUGAACCGUGCCUAUGGUGGAGUAUUAUCUGGAAGUGCUGUCAGAGAGAGGAUCAUCCGUGCUUUCUUGGUUGAAGAGCAGAAAAUUGUGAAGAAGGUACUGAAAAUCCAGAAGGCCAAGGAGAAGACCUCCACAAAAGCCUAGAUUGAGAGAACCGAAAGCUUUUGGGUUUGGAUGAGUAGGCUCAGAAGAAAUUUUGAUUUUGUGAAAACUUCUUAUGCUAAACAAGUAUUUUUAGUCUGUCUUCGUAUUUGGAAAGUCUCGUCUUUGUUUCAGACUGUGGUUGGUGGUAGCUUUUUAUUGGCUUUUAAUGACAAAUGCUUAAUUAGGUCGUUUUUCCUAAUUAUUUGUUCAAUAUUGACACCUUUGGUUACGUUAAUCUAGUCCUUGAGUAUUGAACUAGCAA